AUUCAGAAGUAUAAAACGAGGGAAGGGUUGAAGGUAUAGUAAGAGACGCUGAUAGUUGAAGAAGCAUCUGAGGUUUUGAACAGUGUUCCGUGACUUCUCCAGGAGAUACAGCCACAAAGCGUUUCAAGACCUUGGACAGCACCCGGUACCCGAGCAGAACAGCGGAUCAUUUUGGCAAAUGUAUAAAGCGAUGUUACAAAGGAACGGCUCCCAGCUCCUUUUUCUGAUAGCCCUGUGCAGUGUGCUAUAUUCCCGGACUCAGUGUUUUCCAUAUGCAUCUAUGAGACCGACGAGACACGCAGACGGUCUCUUUACUAGUGGAUACAGCAAACUUCUUGGACAGCUAUCGGCGCGACGGUACCUGGAAUCCUUGAUCGGAAAGCGAGUCAGUGAUGACAUGAUGGAAGACCAGGUACCAGUGAAGCGCCACUCAGAUGCCAUUUUCACAGACAACUACAGUCGCUUCCGCAAACAGAUGGCUGUAAAGAAAUAUCUGAACUCGGUUCUGACAGGAAAGAGAAGUCAAGAAGACCCUCCCAUGCAAGAAGAAUCCAGAAGUGAGCCUUCGUUUCAAGAGAGCUAUGAUGAUGUCAACGUAGAUCACCUUCUCAAUAACUUCCAAUUGCCACUCUGAAGAAGACCCACUGGUGCGACGACCUCAAUCAUCAACCUCUUCGAUCUGCCAUUCAAAACAAUAUUUAAGUUCUUCAACAAUGAACUAAAAGUCAUGUGUGGUUAUCUCUACAGUAUAAAGUGAAUGUUUACAUUGUAUAUAAGAUAUACUAAAACAAAAAAUAUUGGUCUAAAGAUGUAGGCCACAGUAAAUAUUAUACAUGUCCACCUGGGAUUAGAUAGAUUUGCUUUGUCCAGGACUCUGUAAAUGGUAGUUCAAUAAAUGCAUUCUAAACAAGCUUUAUACUGCUAUAGAAUACCAUCAGCUUAAGCUGAUGGUACUCUAUAUCAGUAUAAAGCUUGUUACUUCUUCUGUUUAAGCUCAUGGUACUCUAUAGCAGUAUAAAGCUUGUUACUUCUUCUGUUUAAGCUGAUGGUACUCUAUAGCAGUAUAAAGCUUGUUGCUUCUUCUGUUUAAGCUGAUGGUACUCUAUAUCAGUAAAAAGCUUGUUACUUCUUUUGUUUAAGCUGAUGGUACUCUAUAUCAGUAUAAAGCUUGUUACUUCUUCUGUUUAAGCUGAUGGUACUCUAUAGCAGUAUAAAGCUUGUUACUUCUUCUGUUUAAGCUGAUGGUACUUUAUAGCAGUAUAAAGCUUGUUACUUCUUCUGUUUAAGCUGAUGGUACUCUAUAUCAGUAUAAAGCUUGUUACUUCUUCUGUUUAAGCUGAUGGUACUCUAUAGCAGUAUAAAGCUUGUUACUUCUUCUGUUUAAGCUGAUGGUACUCUAUAGCAGUAUAAAGCUUGAUACUUCUUCUGUUUAAGCUCAUGGUACUCUAUAGCAGUAUAAAGCUUGUUACUUCUUCUGUUUAAGCUGAUGGUACUCUAUAGCAGUAUAAAGCUUGUUACUUCUUCUGUUUAAGCUGAUGGUACUCUAUAUCAGUAUAAAGCUUGUUACUUCUUCUGUUUAAGCUGAUGGUACUCUAUAGCAGUAUAAAGCUUGUUACUUCUUCUGUUUAAGCUGAUGGUACUCUAUAUCAGUAUAAAGCUUGUUACUUCUUCUGUUUAAGCUGAUGGUACUCUAUAGCAGUAUAAAGCUUGUUACUUCUUCUGUUUAAGCUCAUGGUACUCUAUAGCAGUAUAAAGCUUGUUACUUCUUCUGUUUAAGCUGAUGGUACUCUAUAGCAGUAUAAAGCUUGUUACUUCUGUUUAAGCUCAUGGUACUCUAUAGCAGUAUAAAGCUUGUUGCUUCUUCUCUUUAAACAGAAGAGGACCACAUUUAGAGCGGCUAUGAUGCAUAUAAUUACUUUAUAUCCAUGUGGAACAACGCUAUACCUUGUGCAAAAACUUACCUAGAGCAUUUAGUUCUGUGAAACCGUCCACCAAAUAAAAUAUGUCCAUUUCUUUUUCAAAGCUGAGUAAUUUUGUAAGUAAAUAUUGAUGUUGAUUAUUUAUUUUCAUGUAAAAAACAAACUUGUUGGGAGAAAAGUUAUUGCUAAGUUACUUACAAAUUACGUCACAAACUUACGGUUGCACUCAACACGUGCUUUGAUGACCUGCUCAGCUGAAUGAAGAUGGGAAACAAAGACUAUUACAUUUGAUUUUAUGAAUAUCAACUUCAUAGCAUUUGAAAUGAAUUGAUCAGUUUCAUGCCAAUGUGACAAAUUAGCAUGUUAUUUGCUAUCAAAUCAGCACAACAAAGAGAAGAACUUGAAAGCAAUGACCUUCUCAGUCUCAGUUACACAGUGGAAAUAUUCAAACUAGAUAAUGGCAGGGAUCUCCUUUUCAAAAAAGUAUUAUUCACUUCAAAGACAUGAGACAAAGCAUAGAAUAUCAGAUAAACAUUAACAUGAAUUUAUGUCAACGGACAUACUGUAGAUAAGCCAUAUACUGUAUUUUAAUCAUCACAGUUAUGAGAGGACUGUGACAAAGAUGACUGAGAAAUUGUUUCCACAUAAUUAUUGGUACAUUUUCUGAACUAAUGUAACUUCGAAUAUAUUCAGUGAAUAAAAUGACGUAUACUUGUGCAAUUGUU